AGCAGCAUUCCAUCCCACUGGAGACGCGCACCAACCGCAACGCCCUCCCCCACCCGCGGAGCCUCGAGAGGCGACGGGGUCCGUCGCACUCGAUCUCCCGCCGGCCGGUCUCGUCGCGCGCACCAUCCGAAAGCCACCGGGCAACCAGACGCGCUGACUUCCCCCCGGCGGUGAUCGCGAGUCGUGCCCUGCGCGUAGCACAACUCGCGCGCACCCGCCAGCAUCAUCUCCCGAUCCCUCCCACCCGAUCGAGUCCGGCGGCCUCAGCUUGGCCGCUGCGCGCUCCGACCGGAUUCCCCGGAGACCGUUUCUUGAUGUCGACGGAGCGGCGGCGGCGGCGGCGGGGGGAGCCGCUGCUGCUGCUUCUAGUGGUGGCGGCGGCGGCCGCGGCGGUGGUGGCGAGCGCGCAGGAUGCCGCGCCGCGGGUCAGGUUCUACCGCGCGACGUGCCCCGUCGCGGAGGACGUCGUCCUCGAGGAGAUGCGGCUCAUCCUCAUGGAGGACGCCACGGUCGCGCCGUCCCUGCUCCGGAUGCACUACCAUGACUGCUUCGUUCAGGGCUGCGACGGAUCGAUCAUGCUCCAGUCGAGGAAGGGGAAGACGGAGCGGGACGCGCUCCCCAACCGCAGCAUGCGAGGGUACGACGCCAUCGAGCGGAUCAAGGCCCGGCUCGAGACCGUCUGCCCGCUCACCGUCUCCUGCGCCGACAUCAUCGCCAUGGCGGCCAGGGACGCCGUCUACCUGAGCCAUGGGCCGUGGUACGACGUGGAGACCGGGCGGCGCGACGGCAACGUCACCGUGGCCGAGUACGUCGAGAACGACCUGCCGCCGCCGGACUCCAACAUCGUCGACGUGAAGACCUUCUUCAGCGUCAAGUCGCUCGACUCCAAGGACAUCGCCGUCCUCUUCGGGUGCCACAGCAUCGGGACCUCCCACUGCGGCCCGAUCCAAAAGCGGCUCUACAACUUCACCGGCAACAUGGACCAGGACCCGUCGCUGGACCCGGCCUACGCCGCCGAGCUCAGGAAGCUCUGCCCGCCGCCCCGUCCCGGCGACGACGACGACGCCGGCGUCCCCGGCGAAGGGAAGACCAAGGUGCCCCUGGACCCCGGCAGCAACUACACCUUCGACCUGAGCUACUACCGGCACGUGCUCGCCACGGGCGGGCUGUUCCAGUCCGACGGCAGCCUCCUCCACGACCCCGUCACCAGGGGGUACGUCGAGAAGGUGGCCAACGCGUCGUCGCCGGACGAGUACUACGCCGACUUCGCGGCGGCGAUGGUCAAGAUGGGCCGCACCGACGUGCUCGUCGGCGAUCUUGGCGAGAUCAGGCCGACCUGCGGCGUUUUUGUUGACUAGGUUCAGGAGCAGCUAAUGUACGUGUACGGUUGUGUCAGUAGCUCCACGCGUAAUCCGCCGGGAAUUAUCUUCUGUUCACAUGUCCGUCAUGGGUUCACUGAUUAUGAAUUGUCAACCCCCAACCAUGAGCUCUUCAUCUACCGAUAUAUAUACUAGAGAAAUUAUAUA